AUGGUAGUGAAGGUGUAUGGACCAGAUUAUGCUUGCCCUAAACGGGUGAUAGUGUGUCUCAUUGAAAAAGAAAUUGAGUUUGAAACAGUUCAUGUCGAUGGCUUUAAGGGAGAGCACAAAGAACCUCAAUAUCUCAAGUUGCAGCCCUUUGGAUUACUACCUGUUAUUCAAGAUGGUGAUUAUAUUCUUUAUGAAUCUAGGGCAAUUUUAAGGUACUAUGCUGAAAAGUACAAAAACCAAGGAACUGAUUUGCUAGGAAAGACAAUAGAAGAAAGGGGCCUAGUGGAGCAAUGGCUAGAAGUUGAAGCUCAUAACUUCAACCCACCAAUCUACAACUUAGUCAUGGAUCUCUUGGUUCACCCAUUAUUGGGCCUUCCAUCUGACCCAAAAGAUAUUGAAGAGAGUGAAGAAAAACUUGGAAAGGUGUUGGACAUUUAUGAGGAGAGGCUAUCAAAGACUAAGUACUUGGCUGGUGAUUUCUUUAGCCUUGCUGACCUUAGUCAUCUCCCAUUUGGACAUUAUUUGAUGAACUCAAUGGGGAAAGAGAAUAUGGUAAAGGAGAGGAAGCAUGUGAAUGCUUGGUGGGAUGAUAUUAGCAAUAGGCCAUCUUGGAAGAAGGUUCUUCAGCUUUACAAAUACCCUAUGUAA